AUGAAGCACAACAGGGAGAAGAAGUCAGCAGAGCAGCUCUUCAAUAAGACGGCUCAGUCAUGUUGGACUGUGGAGGCUUUGGUGGCCACCGUUGUCUAUGCAGCCGCCCACACGACUCCCAGGGGUAAUGAUUCAAACGGGGUUCCUGUUCUUUGGCAUUCUUCUUUCUUCUUCACAUUUUCCGUUGCUGACACAGUCUCGCUCAUCAGUUCAUUGGCUUCUUUGUUCACGUUUCUCUCUAUCCUGGCAUCACCGCUUGAGUACCAAGACUUUUAUCGUUCUCUUCCAUUCAGGCUGCAUUUGGGGUUCACCCUUCUGUUCUGCCCACUAAUAACCACCAUGCUCACCUUCACUGCUACUAUUAUGCUCUUGAUUCAUCCCAAAAAGAAAUGGACAACGUCCCUUGUUUUUGUUGUUUCAUUUCUUCCUGUCCGUGUGUGUGGCUCAUGCAGCUUCCUUUGUCUAAGGGAUUUUCCCAAGGUUUGA